AUGUUCCGCACGCUCCUCACGCCACUUAGUGCGCGCUUUUCGUUUCAACCAUCGACUCCUCAUCCGAGUGGACAAAUUGAGCGCGAUGAGUUGGCACCAGAGGUGUUUGCCCGGGACGUGCUGGUGGAGGUGAUGAGGUCCUCCAUUGAGAGGCUCAAGGCAGCAGAGAUUUUGGAAGUGAGAGGGGAGGUACUGACAGAGAUACACAAAGUCAUGCUUGAAGAUGUUACAACAAAGGACGUAUUUCGUGAGACGGAUGGCUUCUUAGUGGUCAUAAGCGUUCUCUCUGCUCUUCAAGCUGACCUCGGGAACAACGAGGCUCGAAGAGUCCAAAUCUUAGAUGCGACCCGACUAGCAUUCGUUAUACUAGCCGAGGCAUUGUAUCAGCACGGGGAGAAUAUUGAUUUCUUCAAGCACUCUGUUGGAUAUGAUUCCCUCACACAAGCCAUCCUGGGAUUGGUUUCUGACAGAACUACAAUCAGACAUACACUAGGGUUCCUAGUUUCUCUCGCACUGCAUAGAUUUUCUAUGUCUGGUAUCUUUGAUUUUGGCUCCGAGACAGAUUAUGCGCAAUUGGAUCACAGAAUCCGCGACUUUGAGCCCGCAUUCGGGACUAUAUUCCUGCCAGAGGCAUUGUCUAUGCUGUACCGAUUUAUACCGCAAGCGUCGGCGGACGGACCUGCGUUACGUUACAGCAUCUUCAAACUCCUAGAGCGUUUGUCGUAUCACAAUCAUCGAAAUCACUGCGUUUUGAGCAGCCUCGAUAUCGCAGGGCCACUUUUUCAGCAAUACUGUGUAUGGAAAGAUGACGUUGACGUGGUCAAGCAGGAACGUCAAUUGGUGGCGAAGCUUUUGCGUCGAUUGAUUGAUGUGGGCACCACGACAGACGAGGCACGCCUUAUGUUUCAACGCGCAUUGCGGGUGGACGACACACUGGACCCCGAUGUUUUGGAGUUGUUACGUGCGGGCAUGAAAGUGCAAUGGCCAGAGCAUAUGACAUUGCAGUCUCCCGCUGCUUUACAAGUAAUCCACCCGAGCAUCAGAGGCUUGUCACCGUCCGGCUUCACGUUCAUGAUCUGGGUCUGGAUUGAGAAAUUACCAACUACCUCCCACACAAUCUUCUCAUGUCUUCUAAGGAACACUACCAUUGUCACACUGUUAUUACGACCUGACGGGACACUUGCGUACAGUGGCAGCCCUGGAAGGGAUCCUGUUCCGUUAAAUGUUAACGUAGUCAGGGCUCGCUGGGCCCACCUUACAUUGGUGCAUUAUCCACAUCGUUCCUCAAACCCGACCGUCAGAUUGUUUUUGGAUGGCGUCUUGGUAGAUGCCCUUAAUUGGCAUUAUCCAGGACUAGAAGCAACUCCGGGUCUAGGAAUGUAUCAAAUUGGAGAUAACGGUGCUUCUGGCAUGAAUUGGUGUUUCGCUUCUGCGUAUCUUAUCGCUUCCCCUCUGGGUGAUAGCAUUCCCCGUUUUAUACACCACCUUGGUCCUCGAUACUCUGCGCAAUUCAAAUCCACGGAACUGGCCAAGUUUCUCACAUACGAAGCAUCUACUGCACUGCAUAUUCAUCUUGAUGGCGGCGCACAACAGUCUGUAACACGGAAAGAUGUUGCUCAGCUUCAUGAUGCAAUUAAGGGCGGACUUAAGAUCAGCGAGUCAUCCUUUCUCUUUGCUAUCACCCCCUCGAGCAAGAUUUACAGAAGGGGGAUGCCUAAAUCUCAAGGGAUCAUUGCCGAUGGCGACGUUUUCAUUGCGAGACGUGGGGCGCUGGACCUCGCUAUGUGGAGGAUCGGUGGUGCGACUGUUGCAUUGCGUUUAGUGGGACUGUCUCAUAGUGCCCAUGAAGUUUCGCGGGCGCUAGGUAUCCUGGUAGACGGGUUAAAGAAUAGUUGGCAGAAUUCUGAAGAUAUGGAGCGACUCCGUGGCUACGAUGUAUUGACCGCAUUUUUGCGUGCUAAGAGUCAGUAUAUCAACAUGACCGGUUUUGAGACGCUUUUCGAGUUUCUGGGCUUCAAUUUUCGCACACCGGAUCAGUCUACUAUAGUGAACACGAUUGCUUAUCGCGCGAUUGCUCUUGAUUUCCAACUCUGGGCCUCUACGAGGGAAGAGAUUCAGCGUGUACACCUAGAACAUUUCGCCACUCUAUUGUCAGCCAGCAAGUUUAAACGUUUCAAUAUGAAGCAGCGGAUAAUCAAAUUGGGCGUUAUCCGCAAAUUACUGUUUGUGCUGCAGACCUCUUUGUAUUCCAUGGAUAUGCUGUCGUCUUUGAUUGGUGCCAUCAAGGUAGUAGCUCAGGCUCAAUUUACUCUUGACGAUGCUAUCAAGCCCAUUGUAUCGUAUCUAGCUUCUAAUCUCCACGAAGUCGCCGCCGAUGCAGCUUCCCCACGUUCAAUAGUUUCUCGCAUUGACUAUGUUAACGCUCAGUGUAAAGCUGAACAAGUCCUGGGUAUGCUGGUCUCGAUCCUUAGCUCACCUGCUGCAUAUGCAAAAUUCUCUGGCGGGCUUCCUGUAGGCCGCGUUUGCCUUCUCCUACUUGGAGAGCGACCGUCACCCACAACCGCAUCUCUGAUUCUGCAACUUGUCGGUAUCAGUCUCAGUACAAGCGUUAGUUUUAGCCGGAAGUUUGAACUGGCUAGUGGUUGGAACGUCCUCAAGACCAUUCUUCCCCAUGCUUGGGAUUCUGUGGUACAAAAAGCUGCAUUUGAUCUACUCUUUGGCCAAGUGGGGGACCAAGCAGGCGCCCCUCCAGUAGUUACGUGUCCUCAAAUCUUACCAGCAAUAUUUUCCGCGCUGAAGUUGAAUCUGGAUAUCGCCAUGAAAACUGUUGGCGGGAACCUCGUUGACUUUAGCGAACAAACAGCUACCGUAGAAAGCUUGUUAGAAGAGUUGAUUCAGUAUCACUCGACAAUUCCUACCUUCCGUCACGUUUUCAAAUCUCAGGCGAUCACCCUUUCAUUCAUUGAAGCAUAUCAAUCACUUGUGACUUCAGUCUCAAUGGCAGGUGAUCUGUAUCCUGACUUCAUUCGAAUCUUGGAGAAGCUGUCGCAUCUCGGCCUCAGUAUUGUGUUAGAUAAUAACGUAUCGAAUUCUCAAAAAGGAGAGAUAAUGGAGAUACUACAGUCCGCUGAAACAGCUCUGAAUCCGCGUUCGUCGCAAGAGACAACUAUUGACUCCGCAGCCGUCGUUGGCGGUAAACACCGUAGACGUCGUGUAGCGUCGGUCAGACUAAGCGUGCAGCUUGGUGAGAGCACCGUGAAGAGAUCUGUGUCUCGAAUUCAAGACUGGCGUAAAGCUGUCAUUGCGACAGAGCGGAAGAGAAUACGAAAGACAGUACUUGACAUGAGAGAAUACCAUCGGCAAAUCAGCAGCCUCACCGAUUGGGCGGGUAUACUGGAUAUCGAGCGUGGACUUUGGGCUAACUCCUCGCAUAUUCGUAGUUGGCGAUUGGAUGAAACUGAAGGUCCAUACAGAACCAGGUAA